UAAUCUUUGACAGUAGACUGUAUAUGUUUUCUGGGUCAUGCUCUAUCUUUCUCUCCCUCCCUCUAUAUAAAUAUGUCUGCGUAGAAGAACCCACUUUCACUUUGAACUCUUAAAGCAAUUCCAAACCUGUUUUGCUCUCCUUUCCUCUCUCUCUCUCUCUCCUUCUAAACUUCUUUUUUUUUGCAUGUUUUCUUCUGUUAAUUAGUAUUUCAAGUCUUUAAUUUCUUGCGUUAAUCUGGGUGUGAAACAUACCGUUGUGUGAAAGGAAGAAAACGAAGAACGUUUCUGACAGCACAGGAAGAUGAAGAAAAGCAUCAGUGAGUCAUCGAGACCUGAUCGAAAGACUGUAGAGAGGAAUCGAAGAAUUCACAUGAAGGGUUUAUGCUUCAAACUGGCUUCUCUCAUCCCUUCUCAUCACUUUAAACAUUCUAAGGACAUGCUAUCUCAGCAAGGUCAACUAGACCACGCUGCGGCUUACAUAAAGCACCUGAAAGAAAGAAUAGAGAAAUUAAAGAAGAUAAAGGAACAGGCAAUGGUGAUCUCAGGAGCUAAUAAUAAUAAAAUAAUGAUGGGAUUGAGAUUGCCAAUUGUUGAACUUCGAGACUUGGGUUCAAGCAUAGAAGUGGUUUUGAUUAGUGGGUUGAAGAAGAACUUCAUGAUGUACGAAGUUAUUACCAUUAUUGAAGAAGAAGGAGCUGAGGUUGUCAGCGUCAGCUUUUCAACAGUGGGUGAUAAAGUGUUCCAUACAAUCCAUGCUCAGGUCAAAAUCUGUAGAGUUGGUGUGGAGACUUCAAGGGUAUGUCAGAGAUUGCAGGAAUUGAUUGACUGGAGUUGCAUAUGAAAUCUUUCAGAAUACAGAAACAUGAACAGCUCCCAAGAAUCAAGAUCUAAUCCAACUGUCCAAUACUUUUUUCCUCUCAGAAAACUGAGUAUUAAUCAGAGAAAUUUUAUGAUACAACCUUUAUAUAUUAAAUAUGGUGAAUCUGUUAUACAUAUAACAGUUGUAUUGUAAUUUCUCGUUCGCAAUAUUGUUAGUCUAAUGUAGGAAUAAUUUUCCUUGUUUAGUAUAUGUAAUUGGCACUUCAUGUUUUCCCCCUUCA